ACUCUCAAGUUUUGUGGAAGAGGAUUGGCACAAAACGGCGACGUUUUAGUUAUCUGAAAUGGGUAAUUACUGCAGGUCCUGAACAGAGUCAAUUCUUUGUUUCUGCUUCCUCUGCGUGUGAAGCUUAAGCAAAGAAUCCCACUCUCUCAUGGCUAAUAGGCACACCAUAGUUCUGAUGCAGACCUCCCAUAGUAGAUCAACUAGAACAUUCAUGGAUUAUGAUUCAAUUAGUCAAGCUAUGGAUGGUAUUUGUGGACUAUACGAACGCAAGCUUAAGGAACUAAAUCCAGCCAUAAGAAAUAUCACCUAUGAUAUUGCAGAUCUCUACAAUUUUAUUGAUGGUCUCGCUGACUUGAGUGCUUUAGUUUAUGAGCACUCAAUUCAGGGAUAUCUACCAUAUGAUAGACAAUGGAUCAAACAGCGGACAUUUCAACACUUAAAGAAACUGGCACAGACUAAAUGAAAUGCAUGCCGAUGGUAGUGCUUGAAGUUCGACGGAAGUGGAAGGGAAUAGAUAUAAACUCAUGAUUUGAAGCGGGGUUUGGCUAUUGAUCUGAAUGUUGUUUAAUGUGGUAUACUUAGUACUACCCUCUCUCACUUCUAUGUGCCUAUAUCAUUAGUUAUAGUGGCAGUUCUUUGCUUAAAUUAGUAUGUGAAGUGAUCGGUGUAUUUUUUGUCGAGGAGGGGUAAUUGCACCGUGCUGCAUUUAUACUGUGUAUGAUGAUAGCUUGUUAAACUAGUGUAUGAAGUUUCAUUCUAGGCA